ACGUAGAAUUUUCGUUGUCCGAGAGACAUCGAACGCGGGGAUAGACUGAUAACGCGCAUCGCAGAGCGUUUGUUGGAUUUGUUUUCAAAGUUCAAGGGGUCAAAGGUUGAGUUGAUCAAGAGUUGAUCGUCGGAGUCCGACCGGUCGUCAAGUCGUCAAACCGUGAAGUGUCCCUGUCUUUUGUUCGUUUUUUUUUUGUUGCAAUUUAGAUGUAAAACAACCCUGCGGUCAUCAUGAGCAGGCGAGCUGAAGAUUUGAAAUCUCAGGGUAACACCUGCUUUAAGAAUAAGGAAUAUGAUAAGGCACGGCAGUGCUAUUUGCAAGCUCUCAAGGCAGGGAUGGAGGAUGGCUCUGAUGACAUCAUGCACAUCAUCUACAGUAACCUGGCACACGUUAACAACAAGCUGGGCCAGUUCAAAGAGAGCGAGAAAUAUGCCCGGCUGACCAUCCGCAAGAAGCCUGAUUGGUUCAAGGGCUACCACCGCGCCGCUUUGGCCGCCCAGCAUCUUGGCAAACUGGACGACGCCAUAGCGCUACUGGAUAAGGGCAUCGAUAAUUGUGUCGCCAAUGACGAACUGAAGCAACUUAAAAACACACUACUGGAACAAAAGAGGAGGCCCAGGAGCGCCUCGAAGCCGCCACCGCCGCCGCCUCUUCAGAAAGUGGACCCGCAGCUAGCCGCCGCCGCUGCCGCCGCUCCGACCCGGUCCAGCUCAAAGAACCGAUCGGCGAAGGCUAGCAAGACCACUAAGGCUGCAUCGAAGACAACAGCCGGGGAGACGGCUUCCUCAGCGUCGUCGACUGCCAGCAACAGCAAAGGGGUGUGGUCGAGCCUGCUGGCCUCCAGUCGACCGGCGGAGACGGUUAGCGAGCAGACGGCCGCCGCCGCCCGCGCCGGACAGCCCGACGCCCUCAAUGAGGAGCUGUGCAUCACGGUGCGGCGGGGCUCGGUGGCGCUGCGCCGACCCGGCGGCGCUCGAGAGGCCUAUGAUGAGUACCGGAAGGCACUCCAGCAGGUGGCCAAGUACCCCAAGGAGCUGAACCUCUCUGGCAACGAGCUGAUCUCACUUAGGUAUUGUUUCGCGAUGGCCUGCUACGAAGUGGCCACACAAGAGGCGCUCAGUUCGGCGGAGGAUGAGCUGCUCGCCAUCAUACACAAGACCAAGCGGCCCAUGCCGGCGGCCUUCUAUCUACUCGGCCGCGUCUACAUGAGACUCAACAGGUUCGAGCAGGCGGCGGCCGUGCUGCAGCUGGCCAGCGACAUUCUCAGUAAGGACGCGCGCGGUGACACGCACGUCUACCCGGGCACCUCGGAGGUGAUCCCGGACACGGAGAGCGCCUGGCGCGGCACGCUGCGACAUCCCGUGCAGGAGCUGCUGCGGCGCUGCCAGUACCCGCCGCGGCCGGACGCCCUCUGCCGACUGGACGACUGUCUGACGCACGUCACCGUGCCCGACCUACACAACCCCAAACGGAGCCGACAGGAGCGGCGCACCGCCAUCUACUACGGGGACGUGGACUUUGCUGGGUUUAUCCGCGUACAGUGCCUGUCGCGGUGUCGGCUCGAGUACCACCUGGCCUGCUGGCGGCAGCUGAAGGAGCGGUUCGGCUCGGAGACGCAACGGACCGCCGACAAGGACGUGCUCAACACGCCUUGCCUCACUCCCGACUGUGGCUCCAACAUCUGCCGCAUUGUCACCAUUGACGCCAAUGGCCUCGAGAAGCACGAGAUCGUCAGUGACGAGUACAAGCGGCAGCAGCAGAAACAGCUCAGCAAGCAGCAGAAGAAGCAAGCGGCGCAGGCGGCCAAAAAGCACCAGGUGGCCAAGACCGGUCGGAAGCGGAAGGACAGCGCGCCGCAGCAGAGCACUGAGACCGACACCAGUAGUCAGAAGCAGCCCACUGAGUCGGCGCCGGAGUCUGCCGGUGCGGCGGCGGCAGCGCCGGCUGCCGCUCCAGCCGAGCCGGAGCUGGCGCUGCCCCCAGACCUGCGCGAGAUGACCGUCCUCCGGCGCGGCAGCAACGCCGAGGAGCCGCCGGCGCCCGUGGGGAAGAAGUCCAAGAAGAAAAAGAAGAAGGGCGGCACGCGCGGCUGGCGCUCGGCCACCGAGAUGUUCUGGGAGACCACCGGCCCGGAGGAGGUGUACAACGGGCCGCCGGUCAAUGUCAUCUACAACACGAGCCAAGAUGACCUGGCGUCUCGGCUCUGUCAGCUCGAGGACAUGAGGACCCUGCAGUUCAGCACCCGCUCUCUGAUACCCGACACGUCUGUUCAGCCGGCGUCGGUACCUCGGGACGACCAGUCCGGGGAGGAGGAGCACGCCUUCCUCGAGAGCGCCUACCAGUAUUUGUACGACUUCCUGAAGGAGCGCGGUCCGACCAACGUCAGCGACCCGGAGCUGCUGGAGGCGGUCAGCCAGCUGCCCAGCUACUGUCAGGAGCUGAUCGCCCAGCACGGCUCGCUGGAGGCCUUCCUCACCCGGCUGCCGCGCUUCUACCAGCUGGACGAUCUGGUCUCGGUCGAGGUGGACGUGGGUCUAGCGGAGGCGCUGCUCGGCUCGGCGAUCGCAGAGCGUGUGCGAGCCGUGGACACCCCGCCUCCCCAGCUGGACGAGGCGGAGUGCGACCUGGUGGGGCUGGGCGGCGUGUCCAACGCGGACACAGCCGAGCUCGAGCCGCGCUCCGACCCGGAGGACACCGACCCGGAGUCGGAGGACGAGGAGAGGAGAGAGGACGAGGAGCGGGAGGACGGCGGAGAGUGCGAGACGGCCGCGCAGACUCAGAACGGCGACUCGGUGCAGUCAGAGUCGGCCGAGAGGGACUCCGGUACCGCUGACCCGGAGGACUCGGAACUGGCCGACCCGGAGGACCUGGAUGCCGGCGACCCGGACUCGACCAUGGAUCUGGACGGCGACUCGGCCGAGCCGGAGCCGGAGCCGGAGCCGGAGCCGGACUCGACGGCGCUGGACGGCUCCGAGGGGCUGGCGAGGGACGCCUCCGGCGGCGGUGCGCGCGGGGACGGCGCCUGGAACACGGACCCGGAGCUCAGUGACGAUGGUCAGGAGUCGCUGAGCCAAUCUGAAAACUCGACUGGAACUGACCAGGUCAACCAACUGAAGCAGCAAAUUGAGGCUCUCAAGCGGGAAAAGGUUCAGCAGGACGAGCAGCUGGCCGAGGCGCGGUUCACUCAGCUGCGACUGGAGCGCACCGUGCGGCAGAUGACGCAGCGCGGCGCCGGCGCACCCGCCGACACCGAGCAGGCGGCCGCCGCCCAGCAGCUGGUCGAGACCCGCCAGCGGCUGGUGGAGACCAGCGGCCGACUGUCGCAGGCCGAGCAGCAGCGCGCCCAGGCGCUGCAGCGCGGCGCCGACCUGAGCCGCCAGCUGUCCGGCGUGCAGCAGCAGCUGCUGACCACCCAGCAGCAGCUGGCGGCCACCGAGCAGGAGCUGCUGGCCACGCAGCAGCAGCUGGGCGCCUACCAGCAGCAGCAGGGGCAGCUGGAGGCGCAACUGGCCACCGUGCACGAGGAGGCGCAGGGGUACAUGGCGCAGCUGACUGAGGCGCAGCAGCACGCCGCCAUGAUGGAGGAGCAGGCCGAGGCGCUGGCCAGCCAGCUGGCGCAGGCUCCGGCCGCCGACACGGAGCGACUGCAUCAGCUGGAGCGGCAGCGGGAUGACGAGGAGGCCAGCCGGCGGCGCGCAGAGGCCGCCCUGGAGGAGCUGCGCGCCGCCGAGCGCCGCACGCGCGGCCAAUAUGUCACCAUGCUAAGCCGCGCCGGCAACGAGCUGCUCGAUACGGCCACCAGGCGAUGCAACGACGCGAUCCGCGGCGCCGAGCGUCUGGCGGCCGGCAGCGGCCGACCCGACUCGGCGCAGCCCACCGUCACCAAGCUGCGCCAGGCGCUGGACGCCGUGGAUCAGAGCCGGUCUCAGUUCAAGGAAGCUAUCAAGAAGGCUUGCAAGGCUAUAGCCAGUAAAGAAACAAUAGAUAUACAAUCGUUGAAACUUCCUGAAAUCCCCGAUAUUGUUGAAACUGCCAUCAACGGUCCCGCUGGUCGGAAGACGGCGGCGGCCGCCUCUCAGUCCAGCGCGGCGCGGUCUGGUGCCUCCCCGCGGCCCAGCUCCCGGCCCAGCUCGGUCAUCACGGUGUCGAGCGGCAGCGGCAGCGAGGCCGGGAAGGUGUCCCCGGCGCCCACCCCUCCCCCAGCGGCGGCCGGGGUCAAGCCGUCCGCGGGCGUCCCGGCCGGACCGGCCACCGCCGAGCUGCGCGCGCCCAGCCCGCGGCGGGCGGUCACCCCGGCGGCGAUGCAGCUGUCGGCCGCCUCCCGGCAGGCGGCGCCGACCACCUUCGAUGCGCUGAUCAGCGAGAUCGAGCGUCAGUUCGGCGGCGCGGUGCCCGGCGGUCGGGACAACAUUAUCCGCCAGUUCACCAACUACCGGCGCCGGCGCGGAGGCGUGCUGCGCGGCGCGGCGCGAGACCAGAUUGUGGCCGAGGUGACGGCCAUGAUUCGCGCCGAGGCCGCCCCCGCCCCCGCCGCGGCGCCGGCGCCCUCGGCCUGGGGUCAGCCGGCCGCCAGCAAAGGCGCAGCGAACGGUGUGCGCCCGGAGGCGGCGGGCGGCACUCCGGCGCUGGCCAGUAUACCGUCCAAAGAGGAGUGCGUCAUCUGUCGCGAGUCGUACUCGACCAGUCAGGCGCGGACACUCGAGUGUGGCCACCGCUUCCACGAGCUGUGUCUGCGCCGGUGGCUGAAGGCUCAGGGGGUGAUGGCCACCUGCCCCAUCUGCCGACACGCGUUCACCUCCGAUACAGACUUCCCCCGUCUAUAGCGACCGAAAGGCGGCGCCCUGUCGUCGCUCCCGUGACGUCACCGCUGACGACAAGGGACGUGACGUCAUCAUACAUCGGCGGCGUGUGAGAGGGCGCACCGCACAACUCUCCAGCCCCAGUUCAGAACAGACCGUCCUCUGAUGGCCCGGUGGGUCUCGGCGUGCCGCGCCUCCACAGUGCCUGGUGUGCGAUUUGUAGCCAAGAUCACUGAUCAUUUGUAAGUUAAGGUCAUCUGUUUUAUUAGUCCUUAUGUUAUUCAUUUUGUACAUUGGUGUCGUGUUUUAUCCAGCAAAGCUGCCGGCUGGCUAGGGUACCUUUUCAGUUGUUUUUUUUUUAUCGUUGGGUCGUUCUAGAGUGGCCGGUGUGCGGUGCGUUGAUUCAGCAGCGCGGACGUCGGGAGGUCGUUGAGCGCGACCGUGCUCUCCCCGGGUGCAGCCGCGACAGAGCUGCAGUGCAGCCCGCCGCGCAGGUCAUGUGAUUCCAGGGGGCUGUGAUUCCCUCUUUCGCGGAGUGAUAUCCAAGAGAAUACACGUUGAUCUUUUG